UAGGAGGGGACGAGGAGACUGUCGUCUGUAUACGGGUACAACACCAUAUAUAUAGCUCGUUGCAAUGUCCGACAUUUUGCCUUUUGGCUAGAAGUUUAGUAAACAACACUUCGACAAAGGAUUAACUUUCUUUCUGAAACAAUAACUAGAUCAGUUUGAAACACCAGACCCGUCAGUCACCCGGUGAAAUAUUUCUGUUUCUACAUCUGAAAGGCAGUAUGGAGCACUGUCUCAGACCAGAUGGCAAUUUCCACAACCUCAAAGACCUGCAAUAUGGAGCUUGUCAUGACAGCGGCUACAGCUCUAAGAUUGAGAGCGGAGAGGAUUUUGACCUCUCAAAGUGUUGUUUAUCUUCCGACGGUUUUCACGAAACGCCUAAAGAGAACGUUUCACGGAACUUCGAACCUCUGUCACCCAGAAAGAACAGACGACAAGCGGGCGUCACAAGUCCACAGAAAGACAUCCUGAAGGAGCAGCCGCUAAAGAACGGCUGGUGUGAAACUCCUAAAGUAUCCAGGAGAGAGCCGUUGCCGAGAAGACGUCUCCUCGUGUCCAAAACCGCAGACGAUACGGAAACGCCACGUACUAAAAGGACUGACUGGUCAUCCAACGGGAGAACCGAACACGGCUCAAAUGUGGUCUUUGACUCGCCGGAUGCCUUUACUAUCGGGGCUUUGGCUUCAAGCGCUUUAAAACCAGAAGACGUGCUUCUGUCCGGCAGGAAGCUGCGCCUCCUCUUCUCUCUUGUAAAAACGUCGACACUCGAAGAUGGUAAAUGCAACAUGACCAACGUCCCUCUCUUUGAGAGAAAGGCGUCUGCUACGUCGCUCUCAGAUGUAGACCUGGAAGAGAGCGUCGGUUCCUCAGACCUCCUUACCACGGAGAUGCUGGAGACCCCACGCUAUAGCAGAUUAACGCCCUCGGCCAAAGACAACUUCCAGACUCCGGUCAACAACGACGUAGCGGCUAACCUCUCGGACAGCCUGAGUGUCCUGAGCACCCCUACUCCUAAAUACCACUUUGACACCCCUUCCUCCACCCCUACUCGUAAACUCUACGACCGCUCUAUGUCUGAGGACAGCGGCUUCAGCUCCUUGGCUCUGGAUAAAUCCCAGGAGGUAGACAAUGAUGGUUCUUUCCAGGAGCUGCUGCUGUUGUCAUCGGGUAGCUCCAGGUGCAAGGAGACCCCCAGCAGGCUGACUGAGAUGAUGAUGAUGAAGAGGAGGUCCAGACUGGAGCGCCAGCGUCGCCUCUCCACUCUCCGAGAGGGGGGUUCCCAGUCGGAGGGGGACCGGGACGUGAGGAACCUGGCAGCCCACAGAACUCAUCGCAGAGAGAAGAAGAACCUCGUAUCCCAGGACCAUCUGGAGCUCAGCUUCUUCAAGGAGGAUGACGACAGUGACGUCUUCCCGGAUGUGACACCGCCGAAAACAACAACAACAACAACCGCCGCUAAGCUAGAGGACCUGUCCUUCACACCGGCCCUGCAGAUGGUCCGAGCCCUGUCCCAGAGGACAUCCAGGAUGUUGUUGGAGCGCACCAGUCUGGAGGAACUGCUGAGGGUCUCUGAGAAGGAGGCCUCCAGGACCACCAUGCCCCUGGCUGGGCUGAUCGGCAGGAAGAUGGGCCUGGGGAAGGUAGACAUCUUUACCGAGCUGAAGAAGAAGAACCUCAGGCACAUCCUGGCUAAGAUCCUCAAUCAGCUGUCCUCUGAAGAUGUCUAUAGGGUCGGUCAGGUGUCCCGUAGCUGGGAUGAGAUCAUAGUUCAGAACAAGAUGUCCAGCCGCAGGAGGAGACACUACCUGACGGACGUCAAGGCCUCUCUGGAGCUUGGCAGUGCAGUCCAUGUCCCUGAUGCAGAGACCAGGUUGACCCUGCCGAGCCGGUCUGUCCUGAAGUCAGUCCAGGCCCAGUCCAGGACCCCCAGUACCAGCAUCCGUGGUACCCCCCAGUCAGGAACGGGCACUUCAACCCCUGUCCAGCACAACUCAGCCAGCAAACAGGACCUGUUCAUACAGGUGGCCAAAACCCUCUUCACUGACGAAUGUCUGAAGCCCUGCCCUCGGUGCCGGCACCCUGCUCGGUGUCACCCGGUGAAGAUGGAGGCCGUGUGUAGCAGCGUUGACUGUGGAUUCCGGUUCUGUACCGGCUGCCUUUGUGCCUUCCACGGAUCCAGAGAAUGUGCCAGCCUGUCGGCCAAGAGACGGAGCAAGACGGACGUUCUUCCCGGUAGCGCUCGGAGCAAACGCAAUGUCAGGAGACUGUGAAUGUGUGGGUUUUUUUUUUAAAUAGAUUUUUUUUUAUGUUUAGUUGUUUUUACUUCCUGUCCCCUCUUUUAAAAAAAACAUUUGUUUAGCUCGGAUAUGUUUUUAAUUAUGGGUCGGAGAGGAGCCGAGACAGGAGGAUCAAUCAGAGAUGAAAUGGCUGCUGAAUGCUGGGCUCCUCCAUUGACUGAAUUUUCAUGGUUUUAUAUGAAUAUUUCUGUACAUUGUCUACAUUUGCACAUUUAUUUUUAAUAAAGUUGUACUUUUUUACAUAUUUUACUUGAUGCUGU